AUGUUUUGGUCUACGUUACUAUCCUUUGCGGCGCUCAUCGAUGCGGCGCCGCAGGUAACUCCAAUAAAAGGACCCGGAGCUAAUAGCCUUGUUCGAUUCGGAUGUUCCCAGGUUGUCAUCGAACGGCUUGACCCUCUCGUAAAUCCAGGAGUGAAUCCGUCUCCGCACCUUCACCAGAAUGCUUUUAAUGAUUCGAUCUCAUCUGCUGAUGUCUCGUCUCUCGCUACCUGUACGACAUGCAGCUUCAGCGACGACUUUUCCAACUAUUGGACGGCAAAUGUUUACUUCAAGGCGCGAAACGGUACUUACAAGCGAGUGCCCCAAAUCCCGAAUAGGUUUCUCGAGGGAUCUCAAGGCGGCGUUACUGUCUAUUACCUUUCGCCUGGCAAGAAGACGGUCACUGCAUUUAAACCAGGAUUCCGUAUGCUUGUCGGAGAUUCUAUGCGUCGGGAGAAGAAAGGAUCGGGUUUAAAGUCUCAGAGCUGUUUUCGUUGCUUUACAGGCCCCGACUUCAAGGGCGACGAUUAUUCGCCUUGUGCUGAUCCAAAGUUGGAUACCGAAACUUUCCCCUCGACGCCGUGCUUAGGCGGUAUUCGAUCUAAUAUCCACUUUCCGACUUGCUGGGACGGAGAGCGCCUGGACAGUCCAAACCAUCAGGACCACGUAGCCUACCCUGUCGGAGGUCCCUCGUCAUUCGCUACCACCGGAGACUGUCCAUCGAGUCACCCUAUCAAAAUUCCACAACUAAUGCUCGAGAUUGUCUGGGAUACAACCGCGUUUAACAAUCCAGAUGACUGGCCAGAGGAUGGAUCCCAACCGUUCGUCCUGAGUACAGGAGACAAUACCGGAUACGGUCAACACGCUGAUUAUGUAUUUGGAUGGAAAGACGACGCACUCCAGAGACUAAUGGAUGGAGCUUGCUUCGGCAACACUUGUGAGGGAGUUAAGACGCAGGACUUUGCUGAAGCGAACAAAUGCUCUGUUCCAAACACUGUCGAUGAGCUUCCGGGAGAUGGAAGCGGGGCUUAG